CCUAUAGAGAGACAGAUAUGGUAAUAAUGCCACUCCUCCAGACACCGAGGGAAUCCCGCUUCACUUCCGUCAUUCAGUCGUUAAACCCCGGCGAGCGUGAGUCACGAGUGCGCGCUCUGCGCGGUUCACACACGUCCGUCAUCUCUAUCGCGCUCGAACCGAAAACCUGACGUCACCGCCGCGAGGAUCAACGGAGAUCACAGGUGCAUUCCCGAACCCGUCCGUACAGCCUGCAGUCACCUGAGCUCGGACCUGAAAUACGGCACGGGAUCCACGCGGACAUGGGCAAAACCCGGGCUCUGAUUCUCCUGUGUGCCGCUCUCGGUUUAUGUCACUCCAGGCUGGUGACGGUUCCUAAGGGCCCCUUGCUCCGGGUUGAGGGUCAGCCAUUGUCUCUUCGCUGUGAUGUAUCGGACUAUGAGGGCCCAAGUGAGCAGGACUUUGAUUGGAAAGUGACGCGAGGGACAGAAUCCAUCAAUGUGAUUUCAACAUUUGAUCCCACAUACUCGGACCGCUCUAUUGUGGACCGUAUAAAGAGUGGAGACAUUUCUGUGUCACGGUUAAAGGAUAAUGCAGUUGAGCUCAGAAUCAGAGAGGCCAGAAUCAGUGAUAGCGCCACCUACACCUGCAGUACUCCGAGUACAGAUUCAGUUAUCAGUGGAAACUAUAAUGCAGAUGUUCAGCUGCGAGUUGUUCCUAAUAGUCUAAUUGUGGCUCCUGAAGCCCCAGACCCUGUCGUUCCUGAAGGUGGAUCUUUCAGACUCCUUUGCAAUGUUUCCCAAAACUUCAUCGAGGGAAUAUACCUUUCCAUUACCUGGUCAGUGAGAAAUGGAUCAUCUUCGUCGCAGGAUCUGCUCACCUUCGGUCCUUGUUUGGACGUAACGGUUGGAAACGGCUUCACGCGGCGCUACGCAGAUGGUGCAAUGAGGUUAGAAAUGGGAAGCGAGGUGUCCCGCAGUCUCGUGCUCUCCGGAGCGAUCCCGGACGACCGGGGGACGUACGCGUGUGCGGCCAGACUGUGGACGCGGGAGCAGGGGAUCUGGAAGAGAAUUCAGGAAAAGACUAUGGAGAUGGGGGAAGUGUCUGUCACCCCUGCAGCGAGCUCUCUCAGUGUGGAGGUCCGGGAAAGCAGAUCAUUAUCGUCCGGAGAGACGCUGAUACUCAACUGUACGGUUUCUGUCAAUGACUUGAACUCAGUUGACCUGGAGGUGACGUGGCUGCUGAAUGGCACCCGUGUGUUGGGCGGUUUGGGUCGUGACGGCGUCCUGCGCACCUCCUCUGAUGGAGUGGACGUGAGACGGUUGGGCAAGUGGGAUUUUCAACUGAAGGUUCACCGAGUGGAUACGACUGAUGCAGGACUCUAUUCGUGUAAAGUGAGCAUGUGGAUCAAUCAUAACAGUGGACGCUGGUACGAGGCCGCCGAGAAGAUUUCUGCUCCGGUGCGAGUUAACGUCAUCAAGCAAAAUUUAAAUUACGCUGUCGUUCUUGGCUCGACUUUGAGUGCAAAGUUCUCAGGAGAUCCAACCGAACUGCAAUGCAACGUUUCAAACGUUUCCAACCUUCACAAUGGUCGUCUGGCAGUGUCAUGGUUCCUUAAAAAUGCUGUGUCCGGUAAUGACCCGGUUACCACCCGCACUGUUGCGUCACUGGAUGAGAACGGAACCCUCAUACCAGGCGAGUCGUAUGAGAGUCGCAUGAAGGCGGGGCUUAUUGCGGCCACCCGAGUGGAACCCUAUGUGUUUAAGCUCCGCCUCCUGCACACAACGGAUGCGGACCUGGGCGAUUACACCUGUGCCGUCACAGCAUGGACUCAUUCUCAACAUGGGAACUGGAAAAAGGCGGCGGAGUUCCUGAGUCCAGCGUUCAAAGUCAGCUUCGCUAACAAAAGUCCCGUCCUCGGAGUGGUGGCCCGACGGCUACGAGAAGCUACUGCGACCGGGUCUACGUUUGAGAUGAGCUGCCAGGCCAAUGCACAAAACCUGCCGCAGGGAACCGCUUUCUCCAUUCUCAUCCUAUCAGAGGAGUCCGUAGGAUCGCCGAGCCGCAAACUGGCAUCGCUGGGUCCUGAGAUGGUCCUGAAACUGGAGGACUGGGCUGAACCUGGCCGAAAAGACAACCUGAUGCUGGUAAAGACCGGGAAGAAAGAAUUCCAGUUCCGGAUCCAAGGGGUGCAGGUGACCGAUCGGGGGUUUUACUCGUGUGAAAUGAAAGCUUGGUCAAAGCAGCCUGGAGAAGACUGGAUGGAGAUGGCCAAAGGGGUAUCCAAUAAAGUCCAGAUUGCUUUUGAGCACAGAGGUCCCACAUUCGAUGUGUCCAUCAAUUCAGACACUGUGAGUGUUUUUCCCUGGGAAACUGCAAAGAUGAUGUGUGAUGUAAAGGUUACCGGGACAUUGCCCACUACAGAUGAUGUAGCAUAUGAGAUCAAAUGGUUUUUGGGUCGCCUGAAGGGUCCCAGUAGCCCCUUUUUGUUAGCCAGUGUGGAUCGCUGGGGCGUCGUGCGCAAGACUCUUCGCAAUGACAGCAGUGACUGCAGUCUGGAGCGGCUGGGACCCAGAAAGUUCACCCUGAACAUCCAUAACGCCCAGGACAGCGACGCCGGGGACUAUUACUGUACCGUAACGCCCUGGAUACGAUCGACCGCUACUGGGAUCUGGAGCAAGGUUCCUGAAGUUACCUCGACGAAAGUCUUCCUCAGUGUGAAGUUUGCAUUGUGGAAUUCAAUGAAGCUGCCUUUAUUGUACGGGAUCUGUGCUUCGGGAACAGUGGGCGUCUUUUCUCUCGUACUGGGUUUGGUUUGCGCUCGGUUUUGCUUUAAAAGCACAACAUCUUCUCCUCGCUCUCGUACCAAACUCAUGGAGCUUGAGAUGGAUUGACAACCACAGAAUCUCAGUAGCUGCUCUCUUCCUGCCUGGACACCAUGUUGAGGGCUUGACGGACAGGUGAAGCUUGUUGAAAGACUUUAUCGUGCAAUGCCUGUGAGGACGUGACCAUAGGAAGAAACUGGAUUCUCAGAGAAAAUCACUACUGUCUCAGCGUCGACUGCCAGGGCAUUUAACCGAUAUAUUGCACUAAACAUAGUCUGUCAGCAGGAAGACGUUUUAUGGAUCUUUUAGAAGCGUUUUUAGAGACUGAUGAGAUACCCGCCAUGCUUCGCAGUUUUCACAGAUUGAAGGAUUAAUUACACAACAUUAAGCUCCAAAGAGCCACCUGCCUCCAGAUCAGGGUUAAAACUUCUUUCUUCUGACUAUGGUGCUACUGUCACUUGCUGAGACAUGGGAGGAGCUAAACCCAUGCCGAAAUGUGAACACUGUUUUAUGUGUGAUUUUGUGACAUAAGCGUUGUACUGUAUGCCCUGUUUAACAUUCUCCCACCCGUCCGAAAUGUACUGGUUCUGACCAGGAGAUUGUUUUAAAUUAUUUUUUUAAUUGUAGGACAGAUUGAUAGGUUAAUGGUCAUUCUAAGGGGAGAUUACACAGCAUUUUAAGCAUUAAUGUUUUAGACCAGGCAUCAUAUAUGGGCUAUAAUACGGAUAUGAUGUCAUUGAUGAUGUCAGUCAGUGUUCUUUUGUACGAAGUAAAAAAAUGAAAAAAUAGAAGUGUAUUAAAACUCUUAAAUUACUAUGUACCCAUGACCGAGUGCAUAAUUUAUCUAGCUAGCUGGCUAACAACCUAAACAUAGCCUAGCAACCACCAUAAUAAUUACCCAAAACACCUUAGCAACACCCAAGCAUGUCACCAAGAAUGUCAUAGAAACCACCUAACAACAAUGCACAUCACCCUAGCAACCCACAGAACACCUUAUCAGCUGCUUAUCAACACCCAGGUAAACACUAAUAAUGCCAUAGCAUCCACCUGGAACACCCUACCAGCUGCUUAGCAACACCCACGAAACACUAAUAAUGCCACAGCAACCACCUAGCAACCCCAUAGAACACCUUACCAGCUGCUUAACAACACCCAAGUAAACAGUAAUAAUGCCACAGCAACCACCUAACAACCCUAGCAACCCCUUAGAACACCCUACCAGCUGCUUAGCAACACCCACAAAACACUUAUAAUGCCACAGCAACCACCUAGCAACCCCCUUGGACACCUUACCAGAUGCUUAGAAACACCCAGGUGAGAACUAAUAAUGUCACAGCAACCACCUAACAGCCCUAGCAACCCCCUAAAACACUAUUCCAGCUGCUUAGCAACACACGGAAACAGUAAUAAUGCCACAGCAACCACCUAGCAAACCCCUAGAACACUCAACCAGCUGCUUAGAAACACCCAGGUAAACACUAAUAAUGUCAAAGCAUCCACCUAGAACACCCUACCAGCUGCUUAACAACACCCAAGUAAACACUAACAAUGCCACAGCAACCACCUAACAGCCCUAGCAAUCCCCUAGCACAAUUCCAGCUGCUUAGAAACACCAAUAAUGCCACAGCAACCACCUAUCAACCAUCUAGAACACCUUACCAGCCACUUAACAACACCCAAGUUAACAGUAAUAAUGCCACAGCAACCACCUAACAAUGCUAGCAACCAGCUGCUUAGCAACACCCAAGUAAACCGUAAUAAUGCCACAGCAACCACAUAGCAACCCCCUAAAACACCUUACCAGCUGCUUAGCAACACCCAGGUAAAAACUAAUAAUGUUACAGCAACCACCUAACAACCCUAGCAACUCCCUAGAACACCUUACCAACUGCUUAACAACACCCAAGUAAACACUAAUAAUGCCACAGCAACCACCAAACAGCCCUAGCAAUCCCCUAGCACAAUUCCAGCUGCUUAGAAACACCAAAAAUGCCACAGCAACCACCUAGCAACCCUCUAGAACACCUUACCAGCUACUUAACAACACCCAAGUUAACAGUAAUAAUGCCACAGCAACCACCUAACAAUGCUAGCAACCACCCAGAACACCCUACCAGCUGCUUAGCAACACCCAAGUAAAUCGUAAUAAUACCACAGCAACCACAUAGCAACCCCCUAAAACACCUUACCAGCUGCUUAGCAACACCCAGGUAAACACUAAUAAUGCAACAGCAACCACCUAACAACCCUAGCAACCCCCUAGAACACCUUAACAACUGCUUAGCAACACCCUAACAAACACCAACAAUGCCAUAGCAACCAUCUAGCAACCCCCAGAACACCUUGUCAGCUGCUUAGCAACACUCAUGCAGACACCAAGAAUGCCAUAGCAACCACAUAGCAACCCCCUAAAACACCUUACCAGCUGCUUAGCAACACCCAGGUAAAAACUAAUAAUGUUACAGCAACCACCUAACAACCCUAGCAACUCCCUAGAACACCUUACCAACUGCUUAGCAACACCCUAGCAAACACCAAGAAUGCCAUAGCAACCAUCUAGCAACCCCGAGAACACCUUAUCAGCUGCUUAGCAACACCCAUGUAGACACCAAGAAUGCCAUAGCAACUACCUUAAUAACCUAGCAAGCCCCAGAACACCUUAGCAGCUGCUUAGCAAUACACUUGCAAACACCAAACACCAUAGCAACCACUAAGCAACUCCUUAGCAAUAUCUGAGCAAAAGAGAAGUUGUGUAGCCACUGAUAGAACAAAAUGUGUAGUGUGAUCGCUCUCAAAGAGUUAAAGUUAGGACUCUACAGACAUAAAGAGAGGUCAGGGUUGGGUUGAAACUGUGCCUUGGGCCGGGGUCUUUAAGACUCUGUGUUCUGUACCUCUGUCCUAUCACAGAACUAAUGAAGCUGAAAGACUGUGCUGUAUAUUAGGGUCAGAACAGACUCUCUUCUCUAUACUGAUGUCUCCAGGGCAGUGUUCGGCCUUUUUCUACUUGGGUCUUUCUGAGGGUCUUUGUCUCCCCUUCUAAAGCCAUCGGCUAACAGGACACAAAAGCCCCCCUGUCCACGUCCCCCAUGAAACUUUCCCACAAAACACAUAUAAGAUCCUGAAUAUUUACAGUGAUUGCAUGGCAGCCCUGUACUGAUAUUGGUUUUAUCAGAUAAAAGAUCUAGUCCUGAUGUUGAUGAAAUUAUUUUAAAGCAUGCUGUGAAUGGUAGCAACAGGAAAUGAUGUCAUGCUCCAACAUUAGUUUGAAAUGAAUAAUGCAAUAUGAAAAGAUGAUAGUAUCCUAAUUCAAAACUUCAGCUGGCAUAUUCUUAUACUGAAUUGUGAUUGGUCUUAUCUUACUUGCAUCUGGGUGUCAUUACAACAGUAGCACAACUCUCAUUUGCAUUAUUUUAUUCAUGCAGAUGCAUCAAAAUUUAUCGUUCACCGUCCUGCUGACAUUUGUGAUCUUCAGGAAAUCUGAUCUGAUAUUCAUAUUGUGCCAAUUUUGCUGUUACUAUACAUAAAUGUUAUUGUUCUUUUAUAAAUUUGUUUAUAAACCAA